CACCGCGUCUGGCAAGUUGCAUACCAAACCCGCUGCACUAUGUAAUGCUUACCUGGAGGGACAGGGUAGACUCGUCUGCUAAUUCCUACAGCACAUUUUCAUGGUGUGUGGUUAUGUAUACAUGAAGGUCCCCGUACCAUUGCAGAAAACGUGUACGUAAACAAUGGAAACAACAAAAUCAUCCGUUAUGUCGAAUUUAUCUGAGUGAGUGAAGCUUACCGCAGGGGUUAAAUACAGACGUGUAUGUCCUAAUAUUUCACCGUCGACAUUGUACCCACGUGUGCGAUGUAGAGGAAUAUAAACGCCGGGGGGAUUUAUUGACAGUUUCAACAGUUCACAAAAGUUCACCUGUUGAACUAUAGGGAUUUUUUGACCUGACACACGCAUGCGUAGUGCAUGGCUAUUUCUACUAUAUUUGGGAUAGAAGCACGUGGAGUUGACGACUAAACACCUUAUCAGACUUACGAGUUUACGUAAAAUAUGGGGAACGCUCUAAGCUACGGGAGACCUGACCCACAGGAAGUUGUUGACCGGAAGCAUCCCGCUAAAGUGCAAUUACAGAAACAGCGCCACCGUCUCGUGAGCGAACGGUUGCACGAGUGCGAGCGAUUAGAAGAUCUCCAAAAUGGCGUCGGGUCAAAUGGGUCGACUGAUGAAGUAGACGAUAAAGGUGUCUCUACAGGGAAACGAAACAACACGACGGCUGUGAACAAGAGACGACAGUACCAUAAAAUGCCAUCAAUCCUGAACGACUUGGAAGUAACAGCGAUGAAGGUUGACGUUGCAGAUUAUGAAUAUCCAUUUGAGAACUUGGUUUUCGAGGGAGGUGGCAACAAGGGUUUGGCAUACUGUGGUGUCGUGCGGGUCCUAGAGGAGAUAGGGGCCUUCCCGAAGGUCAAACGCCUAGCUGGUGCUAGCGCUGGCGCCAUGACAGCGGCUCUACUCGCCGUCGGCUACAACUCGUAUGAAAUAGAAGAGUUCCUGAGUCAAGACUUGUCGCACUAUUUUCUAGAUGCAUCAUUCGGAUACUUUAGUCUGUUACCUAAUUUACUGAGAGGUUACGGAUGGAACCCAGGAAACAGAAUAUACGAAUGGUUUGGUAGUGUAAUAAAAAAGAAAACGAACGAUCCGGAUAUAACAUUCGGCGAGCUUUUUCGUAACAAGAAAUAUAACAAAGAGCUCUGUGUUGUGGUCACAAACCUAAACCACAUGUCGGAGGAAUACUGCCAUCCCAAAACUACCCCGGAUAUGCCUAUACGACUAGCAGUGCGCAUGUCCAUGUCCAUACCGGGUAAGGCCAAUACUUUAGACUUUUAUUUCCCUGAACACCGGAUGUGUCUAUACGACUAGCAGUGCGCAUGUCCG